UCGGAGGGGACGGAGCCUGGGCUCUCUCGGAGGCUCGUCGGCUUCUGGACGGCGGCGGCCCGGGCCCCAGCAGCGCUAGCGAGCGAGCCGAGCAGCGAAGCAACAACCUGCGCCAGGACCGCUGCGCCGGGGAGCGGGAGCCCGCAAUGCAUUGGCCUCCGUACUUUUCCUCAGCCUGCCUGCCUGAGCAGGGCCAUUGCCGCCGCCGCUCCUGCUAGACACAACACCACACACCAGGAGGGGGAAAAGUAAGGGAGAGAGAGAGAGAGGAAAGGGGAGAGAGGGGGAAAGGAAAGGAAAAAAAAAGCCCAGGAAGAUGGCGCCCACCAAGCCAAGCUUUCAGCAGGAUCCUUCCAGGCGAGAACGAAUAACUGUCCAGCAUCCUCUGCCCAACCAAUCAGAAUGUAGGAAAAUCUACAGAUAUGACGGAAUCUACUGUGAAUCUACCUACCAGAAUUUACAAGCCUUGAGAAAGGAAAAAUCCCGAGAUGCUGCUCGUUCUCGCCGGGGGAAGGAAAAUUUUGAGUUCUAUGAGCUGGCCAAAUUGUUGCCACUCCCUGCAGCCAUUACCAGCCAGCUUGACAAGGCAUCCAUCAUCCGACUAACAAUUAGCUAUUUGAAGAUGAGGGACUUUGCUAAUCAGGGGGAUCCGCCAUGGAACUUGCGAAUGGAAGGACCACCACCCAACACAUCAGUGAAAGGGAUACAAAUGUGGAAAUCUGAGGUCUGCAUGAGAAAGACACCAUGUGAAGUUAUAGGUGCCCAGCGCAGGAGAAGCCCCAGUGCACUUGCCACUGAAGUAUUUGAGUCACAUUUGGGAAGUCACAUUUUACAGUCACUGGAUGGAUUUGUAUUUGCACUAAAUCAAGAGGGGAAAUUUUUGUACAUUUCGGAAACCGUCUCCAUCUAUCUAGGCCUAUCCCAAGUGGAACUGACAGGCAGCAGUGUGUUUGACUACGUCCACCCAGGAGACCAUGUGGAGAUGGCGGAGCAGCUGGGCAUGAAGCUUCCCCCGGGGCGAGGCCUUCUCUCACAGGGAACAGCAGAGGAUGGAGCCAGCUCAGCAUCUUCAUCUUCUCAGUCUGAGACCCCUGAGCCAGUGGAAGCCACAAGCCCCAGCCUACUUACAACGGACAACAAUCUAGAGCGUUCUUUUUUCAUCCGGAUGAAAUCUACCCUGACCAAGCGAGGUGUGCACAUAAAAUCUUCGGGAUAUAAGGUGAUUCAUAUAACAGGAAGGUUGCGCCUGAGAGUGUCGCUGUCCCAUGGGCGGACAGUCCCUAGCCAAAUCAUGGGGCUUGUAGUUGUUGCUCAUGCUUUGCCCCCUCCUACGAUCAAUGAAGUCAGAAUCGACUGCCACAUGUUUGUUACUCGAGUAAACAUGGACCUCAAUAUCAUUUACUGUGAAAAUAGGAUUAGUGAUUACAUGGAUCUGACCCCUGUAGAUAUCGUAGGGAAGAGAUGUUACCACUUCAUUCAUGCUGAAGAUGUGGAAGGGAUCAGGCACAGUCACUUAGACUUGCUCAACAAGGGUCAGUGUGUAACGAAGUACUACCGCUGGAUGCAGAAGAAUGGGGGGUAUAUUUGGAUACAGUCGAGUGCCACCAUCGCGAUCAAUGCCAAGAAUGCAAAUGAGAAGAACGUCAUCUGGGUCAAUUACCUUCUGAGCAACCAAGAAUAUAAGGACACUCCAAUGGAUAUUGCACAGCUCCCUCAUCUGCCAGAGAAAACCUCAGAGUCCUCAGAGACCUCCGAUUCUGAAUCAGAUUCAAAGGACAACUCAGAGGACAAUGAGAAUUCAAAGUCGGAUGAAAAAGGAAACCAGUCGGAAAACAGCGAAGACCCCGAGUCAGAUAGGAAGAAGUCUGGGAACCAGUCAGAUAAUGAAAUGAACUGUAACGAUGAUGGCAACAGCUCCAGCAACCAGGACAGCAGAGACAGCGAUGACAGCUUUGAAAAUUCUGACUUUGAGAAUCAAAAGGCCCCGGAGGAUAGUUUUGGCACUCUUGGUUCUAUGCAGAUUAAGGUGGAACGCUACGUGGAGAGUGAAUCGGACUUGCGGUUGCAGAACUGUGAAUCGUUGACCUCAGACAGUGCCAAGGACUCGGACAGUGCAGGAGAAGUCAACGCCCAGUCUUCCAGCAAACAUCAAAAGAGGAAGAAGAGGAGGAAAAAGCAGAAAGGGGGCAGCAUGACCCGCAGAAGGCUGUCUAGCACCUCAAGCCCCAAUGGACUUGACUCCGCAUUGGUGGACCAGCCCCAGCUGCUCUCAUCGCCAAACAGUGCCUCAGUGCUCAAAAUCAAAACGGAGAUCUCGGAACCUAUCAAUUUUGAUAACGAUAGCAGCAUUUGGAAUUACCCUCCCAACAGGGAAAUCUCAAGGAACGAAUCUCCCUACAGUAUGACCAAGCCCCCCAACUCAGAGCACUUCCCUUCCCCCCAAGCCAGCAGUAGUUUACAUGUCUCCAUUCCAGACUCUGUCCUCACCCCGCCAGGAACUGAAAAUACUGCCAGCCGCAAAUCUCAGUUCAGCACCUCAUCCACCUCCGCCUUGGCUCCCGUAUCCUCUGACCCUUUGUCACCACCUCUGUCCGCAUCUCCACGGGACAAGCAUCCUGGAGGCCCCAGCACUUCCAACUCUUUGUUGUACACUGGGGACCUGGAAGCCCUCCAGAGGUUGCAAGCAGGCAAUGUGGUGCUUCCUUUGGUUCACAGGGUAACUGGAACCCUUGCUGCCACCAGCACGGCUGCUCAGAGGGUCUAUACCACUGGCACUAUUCGGUAUGCUCCAGCUGAAGUUACUUUAGCCAUGCAGGGCAAUCUCCUCCCCAACACCCACGCUGUUAACUUUGUGGACGUUAACAGCCCCAGCUUUGGCCUGGAUCCUAAAACACCGAUGGAAAUGCUCUACCACCACGUUCACCGACUCAAUAUGUCAGGACCGUUUGGAAGUGCUGUGAGCGCGGCCAGUCUGACCCAAAUGCCUGCAGGGAAUGUGUUCACAACUGCCGAAGGACUCUUCUCCACUCUUCCGUUUCCUGUGUACAGCAACGGCAUUCAUGCCACACAGACACUGGAGCGGAAGGAGGAUUGAAAUAUGACCACAUACUGUGUUCAGUGUUAAACUCUGAGGCAUAGACUAUAUUUUAAUUUAGACCUUUAAUUCUAGCACUUUGAAUUUGAGCAGGUCAGCUUAUUCUCUCAAUAUGAUGGUCCCCAUUUCACCCCCCCCCUUUCUCUUUAACUUGACUUAUUCUUUCAUGUAAAAGAUUUUUUUUUUGCCUUCAGAGAGCUGAAGUACCAGUUGCCUGCCAUUUUGUCUUCUUCCGAGAUGUGUAUUUUUUUCUUCCUUUGCAUCUUUAUUAAGAUGCCUUUAAUAUGUGUAUUGCCUCUGCCAUAGAAUACUCAGUGAUGUGGUAAAGAGAUUUUAAAGUGACAACCAUUGGGUUUACUUCAACAUGAUCUUGAUGUGAUCAAGAUUAAAAGAAAAAAGCAUAAAACAAUGUGCCCUGUUUGACUAAGUCAAAUGAAAAGGGUUUUUUUUUGUUCCUAAUUCCUUUAAAAAAAUAGGGGAUAGUAUUUUAGAAUUUUAUGCAGAGUUUAAUUCACUUUUUAUGGUUAAGAUUUUCUUACUUGCACAUACAAUAAUUUGGGUUCUUAAAAAAGUUAAUUUCUGGCCUGUGAUUAGAAUAUUAAGAUGGACUAAAUGUUAAUUACAGAAACGUUAACUUCAUUUCUAAAACCAUGGUGCUAUCAUUUAUUAAUCUGUAAUGUCUUCACAAUACGCAGCUUGUGGGCUGGGUUUUUUGAAAGGAAUGUCUUCUGUACUAGUCUAUAGUCAGGUGCUGCAGUCUCCUUGGUUAGUUAAGACAAAAGCCCUCAUUAACAUUUGCUGCAGGACUUAAUUUUUUUACCUCCAAACUAACAAGCAUAGCCUCAUAUUAAAUUUAAAUGGAUCUGGAAGCCUUUUCUUUUUUGGUAAAUGCAUGUUAAAUGAACAAGAAAACUCAAAACUGGUGUGAGGAUCAGUGUUUGGUUGUUGUUUUUUUAUUUAUAGGUUUUUACUGUUUUGCUUUACUUUAUUUUAUUUCUUUCUCAGUGUAACUGAGGCUAAUUUUACAACUCCCAAAUAACACUUCAGAGUAAGAGGGGAAAUAUAUAUAUAUAUAUUUAACAUGUUUUUUAUUUUUUCAUUUAAUGUUAUAGAGGGAAGGUUGUAUUUUAUUUUUAAGUUUUGCUCAUUGAUUUGUCUUUUGUAAUCCCCCUCCUUCUAGUGUCGAAGCCAAUAUGUUUUAAAGAAUGGGUUAAUAAGCUUGAAAUAGAUAACUGCAACUAAAAACUGCACAUUAAGUAUAAAAAAAACAAAAGAAAAAGAAAUCUCCUAUUUUGUCUUUGUUGCCAGAAAUCAAUGUAGUGUCAAACACUCCAAAUGACUGUCAAGUAUAAAUUCUUCUUCCACGCCCAUCUUUGGCAGCUGUUUGUUAAGGCAUCUAAUAACAGAUGUGAGAACUGUAAUGUGUACAAUGUGUAAGUGUCCUUGGCUGUCAGUCCCAUUGCAGUUUCAAUGUGUGUUACUAUAUGCAGUAUAUACUAAGCUAAUGUAGUUGUUUUGUCCUUUGUCUUCUCUGUGCUUUAUCUCUAGUCUGGAGUGGUUAAAGUCCCAUUCCUACAGUCCUAGUGAACCAGUGAUUCUUGGGGGUUAGUGGUUUUUGUGUGGUGGCCUUCCUCUGUAAUGUCACCUUAUGCUGCUUCCACUGUCUGUAUACCUUUUCAUUUCUGCUGUUGCUUUGCUGUUGUGUAUUCUCAGACCUCUCUCUCUCUCUAUUUCUCUCUGUCUUCCUUCCCUGCCUUCACCUUUUCUCCCGUUUCUUCCUCUUCUUCUCUUUUCCCAUUCUCAGAGAUAAAAGACUCUUAACUAGCUCAAGGUUAAUGGAGCCAUUCCCCCCCCCACAGAGGAAUUCUGGGUAUGUCUUACUCUUACAGUGUGCAUCGCACAAUGCACUCAAGGGUGAUACUUAGAUAUAUUAAGCAAAGUGAUGCCAUAUAGCCUCAGUUGUUAACAUUUCCAGAGUCCCUUGUGCUCUAACUGUAAGUAGAGGGUGCAUUUCUUUGGUUUUCUCCCAGGUAGGUUAAUGGAGUAAUAUACAGAGAGCAAUUUCAAGUGAGAUAGAAAAUUCUUGCAAAGGUCAGCAGGCGUUGUUAAAAAAGGGAACCUGAGCUUAGGAUUGUCAUAUACAUAUAUAUAAAUAUUUACAUAUAUGUGCAAUGUUAAUGUAAUUUUAACUCAGCUGGUCUCUACAUUUUGGAUAACAUACGUGUUGUUGAACCAAUUUCUAGUACAGUUGGUAUAGAAUCUGAGGGGCAGGUCUGAGGGAGAGUGGAAAGGAAUAAUGUCCCAAAGGGGCAUAUUGGAUGUCACAAAUUUUUGAUAAUGGUCUUUUAAAGAGUUAGAUUUGAAGGAUGUUUAAGUAGAUUUCAAGGCCAAGGGAAGCUGAUUUGGGCUUACCCUUGGAAGCUCUACUCUAGCUAUUGAACAAUCAAAGGAGUGCACCUAUCAGCUACAAAGAACAGCUAGACAGCUGUUGUUGUUUUAAUUUUAUUUUUGAAUAAAUGUUUCUGUGUUGUGUCAAAAUGAUUUCUGGUGAUUUAAACUAACAGAUAAUCACAGCUGCUGUCUAAAUCCAUAGUGUUUAAAAUUACAAAAUGGAAAAAAAACCUUCAUUACCUGUGAAGACUGUGUCUGUGUUUUUAACUAUUUCUUGUACAAAUAUAUGAAAUCUUUUAUGAGGAGACUGGUGCCAAGUAGCUGAAUAAAGGGGGAAGGGAUUCUGUUCGUAUAAAUCUUAGCAGUGUUACCAACUCUACAAUAUAUAAAAAAAUUAAAAUGUUAAAAAAUGACAGCUAUGGUACAUUUAUUUUGUGUUAAACUAACCGAAUCUAACUUCUUGAGUGCCUGGCUUAUUCGAAACACUUUUUUCAUUGAUCAUUGAUAAUGCUGCAAAUCAGAAAUGUACAUACUUCAUUUACAACAGGGUUCUUUUUAUACUUUUGUAGAUUCUCAUACAUGUCAUACAUGGUUGUCUUUAUGUAACUUAAUUUUUUUUCAUCCUGCAGGUGCCAUUUUCAUAAUAAACUUCUCUUGGAUUUGUUACUA